CAGGCGGCAGGCCCGCCGGCCGCAGGUCUGUAGCAGCAUGGACGCCAUCUUGGCGCUGGCGCGCGGCUGGGCGGCGGGCUAGCGGCGGGCGCGCGGCCUGCUCAUGUCCCGCCGCCCGCGCCCCGCGCUGCGCUCCCCACACGCCCAGCAGCGCCGAGCCGCGACCGCCGGCCGCGUUUGCAUAGCGCCGCCCCCCCGCGGAGCGGGGCACGCCGGGAAGUGUAGUCCUGGGGGCGCACGCAGUGUAAGACUGGAAACAUCUGGGCUGAAUGGACUUUAGCAUCAAAAGAAGUUCUCAACUGUUAACUCGAAAAAUUAACUACAUCAAAAUGAAGCAGGUACCAGAGAUCCUUGGAAAUACCAAUGGGAAAACUCAGAAUUGUGAAGUGAAUCGUGAGUGUUCUGUCUACUUGGGCAAAGCACAACUGUCUGCCACUCUACAAGAAGGUGUCAUGCAAAAAUAUAAUGGCCAUGAUGCUCUUCCAUUUAUUCCAGCUGAUAAAUUGAAAGAUCUAACUUCUCGUGUGUUUAACGGCGAGUCUGGCGCCCAAGAUGCCAAACUGCGCUUUGAACCCCAGGAAAUAAAGGGAGUUGGAACACCACCCAACACAACUCCUAUCAAGAAUGGCUCUCCAGAAAUUAAGCUGAAAAUCACUAAAACCUACAUGAACGGAAAGCCUCUCUUUGAAUCUUCCAUUUGUGGAGACAAUGGUGCAGAUGUGUCUCAGUCAGAGGAAAAUGAACAAAAGCCAGCAAACAAGGAGAGGAGAAACAGAAAAAGAAGCAUAAAAUAUGACUCCUUACUUGAGCAGGGUCUUGUUGAAGCAGCAUUAGUAUCGAAGACUUCAAGCCCCACUGAAAAGAAGGGUCCUGCUAAGAGAGAUUCAACUCAAAGUACCAUCAAAGAAGACAAAGUUCAUCUGUUGAAGUAUAAUAUAGGAGAUCUAGUGUGGUCAAAAGUGUCUGGUUUUCCAUGGUGGCCAUGUAUGGUUUCUGCUGAUCCUGUUCUCCAUUCCUACACUAAACUAAAAGGACAGAAAAAGAGUUUUCGUCAAUAUCACGUUCAGUUUUUUGGAGAUGCCCCGGAGCGAGCCUGGAUAUUUGAGAAGAGCCUUGUGCCCUUCAAAGAAAAAGACCAGUUUGAACAGUUAUGCCAGGAAAGUGCAAAACAAGCCCUCACUAAAGCAGAGAAAAUAAAGAUGUUAAAGCCUGUUUCAGGGAAGCUACGGCCACAGUGGGACAUGGGUGUUAAGCAAGCAAGUGAAGCAGUAGGCAUGACAGUGGAAGAACGGAAGGCCAAGUACACCUUCAUCUAUGUUAGGGACAGACCUCAUCUUAAUCCUCGAGUGGCAAAGGAAGUUGGCAUUGCUGUGGAACCGUUAGAGGAGAUGGACGAGUCAUCUUAUUCAAGCGAAGAAACCACUCAAAAUCUGAAAUCGAUGAAGGAGUCUGGCAUUCCUAACAAGAGGAGGAGAAGGACAUCAAAAUUGUCUGCCUCUGAUGAUACACAAGAAAGCAGUCAGUUGGAGACUAAGAAUACUACUCCUCAAAAGUCAUCUGAACAGGCAGAAUCCAAAAGAGGGAUAGGCUCCCCUCUCAAUAGAAAGAAAACUCCAGCAUCUACUCCACGAAGCAGAAAAGGCGAUGCAGUAUCUCAAUUUUUGGUCUUUUGUCAGAAGCACAGAGAUGAGGUGGUUGCUGAACAUCCAGAUGCUUCAAGUGAGGAGAUUGAAGAACUGCUCGAAUCGCAGUGGAACAUGCUUAGUGAAAAACAGAAAGCUCGCUAUAACACAAAGUUUGCCAUAGUGACCUCUCCCAAAUCUGAAGAAGACUCUGGUUCAUCAUUGAAGAAUAUUGGAGAGGCCAAACGUAAAGUGUUUCAAGACUCACCUAAAAGGAGAUCAAGAUCCAGAAGUAACUUACAUGGAAAUAAAAGAAACCAAAAAAAGAGGACAAAGGAACCUACAGAAGAUUUUGAAGUUCAGGAAGCACCUAGGAAAAGACUCAGGAUGGAUAAACAGAAUAAUCGGAAGAGGGAGACAAGCAAUGACAAAACAGCAAAAACAAACUCUUCUAAGGUCACAGAAACCUCCUCUUCACAAAAGAACCAGUCAGCAACGAAAAAUCUGUCUGAUGCAUGUAAACCUCUGAAGAAGCGAAAUCGGGCUUCAGCAGCAGAAUCUUCAACUCUUGCUUUUAGCAAGAGUUCAUCUCCUUCAGCUUCCUUAACUGAGAAUGAGAUCUCCGAUGGCCAAGGAGAUGAGCGGUCAGAGUCUCCCUAUGAAAGUGCUGAUGAAACUCAGACCGAAGUGUCUAUAUCAUCCAAAAAAUCUGAGCGAGGAGCAGGAACAAAAAAAGAAUAUGUGUGUCAGCUGUGUGAAAAAACAGGUGAUCUCCUACUGUGUGAAGGACUUUGCUAUCGAGCUUUUCAUGUAAGCUGCCUUGGGCUCUCUGGAAGACCAGCAGGAAAAUUCAUUUGUAGUGAAUGUACAUCAGGUGUGCACACCUGUUUUGUGUGUAAAGAGAGAAAGGCAGAUGUGAAACGCUGUGUCGUAUCCCACUGCGGAAAAUUCUACCAUGAAGCUUGUGUGAAAAAAUUUCACCUUACUGUGUUUGAGAACAGGGGGUUUCGAUGUCCUCUCCACAGCUGCCUGAGUUGUCAUGUUAGUAACCCCUCACAUCCACGGAUUACAAAAGGAAAGAUGAUGCGUUGUGUUCGCUGUCCUGUUGCAUACCAUGCUGGAGACGUGUGCAUUGCUGCGGGAUGUGCAGUCAUCGCUUCCAACAGCAUUGUUUGUACCAACCAUUUCACUGCCAUGAAAGGAAAAAGUCAUCAUGCGCAUGUCAAUGUGAGCUGGUGCUUUGUGUGUUCCAAAGGAGGAAGCUUGUUGUGCUGCGAGUCGUGUCCGGCAGCGUUUCACCCAGACUGUCUGAACAUUGAGAUGCCAGACGGGAGCUGGUAUUGUAACGACUGCAGGGCAGGGAAGAAGCUCCAUUUCCAGGAUAUUAUUUGGGUUAAACUGGGAAACUACAGAUGGUGGCCUGCAGAAGUUUGCCAUCCGAAAAAUGUUCCCCCAAAUAUCCAGAAAAUGAAGCAUGAAAUUGGAGAAUUUCCUGUGUUUUUCUUUGGUUCUAAGGAUUACUAUUGGACACACCAAGCGCGGGUGUUCCCCUAUAUGGAGGGUGACAGGGGGAGUAGAUACCAGGGGAUCAAAGGAAUUGGAAAAGUCUUCAAAAAUGCUUUGCAAGAAGCUGAAGCUCGAUUUCGAGAAAUAAAGCUGCAGCGAGAAGCCAAAGAAACCCAAGAAAGUGAACGUAAACCUCCACCAUACAAGCAUAUUAAGGUGAAUAAACCUUGUGGCAAAGUACAGAUAUAUACUGCUGACAUUUCUGAGAUUCCCAAGUGCAACUGCAAACCCACAGAUGAAAACCCUUGUGGCUUUGACUCCGAGUGCCUCAAUCGGAUGCUGAUGUACGAAUGCCACCCACAAGUUUGUCCAGCCGGAGAACGGUGCCAAAACCAGUGCUUUACGAAACGCCAGUACCCCGAGACAAAGAUCAUCAAAACCGACGGGAAAGGCUGGGGUCUGGUCGCUAAGAGGGAUAUUAAAAAGGGGGAGUUUGUGAAUGAGUAUGUCGGUGAGCUGAUUGAUGAAGAGGAGUGUAUGGCACGAAUCAAAUAUGCACACGAAAAUGACAUUACCCACUUCUAUAUGCUAACGAUUGAUAAGGACCGUAUUAUUGAUGCUGGCCCCAAAGGAAACUAUUCUCGUUUUAUGAAUCACAGCUGCCAACCAAAUUGUGAAACUCUAAAAUGGACGGUAAAUGGAGACACUCGUGUCGGCCUGUUUGCUGUGUGUGAUAUUCCUGCAGGGACAGAGCUGACUUUUAAUUACAACCUUGACUGUCUGGGCAAUGAAAAAACAGUCUGCAAAUGUGGUGCCCCAAACUGCAGUGGAUUUCUUGGGGACAGACCAAAGAAUUCUUCCACUAAUGCCUCAGAAGAAAAAGGCAAAAAGACCAAAAAGAGAACACGGAGACGCAGAACGAAAAAUGAAGGGAAGAAAGAAUCUGAAGAUGAUUGUUUCCGUUGCGGUGACGGAGGCCAGCUGGUAUUGUGCGACAGAAAAUCUUGUACUAAAGCCUAUCAUCUCUCCUGCCUUGGUUUGGUGAAACGUCCUUUCGGGAAGUGGGAGUGUCCUUGGCACCACUGUGAUGUCUGUGGCAAACCUUCUGUUUCAUUCUGCCACUUCUGCCCAAAUUCCUUCUGCAAGGAACACCAAGACGGGACAGUACUAAACUCUAUGUUGAAUGGACAAUUAUGCUGCUCUGAACAUGUUCUCGGGGUGGAUUCUGUUGAAACUCAGAAGACUGAGAAACCCCGCAAAAAACUGAACAAGUUGAAGCCUAAGAGAAAGCAGAGGAACAGAUGGAUGAGAGCUGAAUGCAAAUAGUCAUGGACUGCAGUUUCUACUGCCAACACUAUCUUGUAGAUAAGUUGUGAAUAUGACCAGGGAAGGACACAAUUUUACAUAUAUUCUGUAAAGGUUACAUGGGGGGGAUUUUUUUGUUUUGUUUUGUUUUUAUAAAUCCACUGAGCCAACCACAGCAGUCUUCUGCUGCCUCUGCACUGAUAACGAACUGCAUAGUUCAGAAAAUUUCAGGACAAACCAAACUUAUUACUCAGCAUUACAGUUACACUUGAAUUAUUACGAAUGUAAAAGGUUCCCUCCAAAGUACUGUCAGGUUGGAGGUAGGUUUAAAUCAAAGCAGGUAGGCGUAAACAUAGAUUUUUGAGAUAGUAUUUGUCAGCCAACAGAUGUUUAAAAUAGUGUAUCCUUGAAAGAAGUUAUUAGCUCUCAAGUCCUUUUAAGUAAGAAACGGCUUGGUCUGUGGUCCCACUGAGAUUUGCUUGCCUUGUGUGUUUUUGAGCAAGUGCUUGAAUGCCAUUCACCGUCCAGGUGCGUAUCUCGCUAUAACCACACCCAUAACUAUUUGUUCGUGCUCUGAUAAAAUAGCUCUCCAAUGAUUCUCAAACAAAUAUGUUUUUAAUUAUCCUUCCAGCACAAAUACAGUGUGUGGUGGGAAAGGCACACCCUGUACCAGAGAGGGGAAGAGAUUUUUUUCUAUACUGUUUUUUCCUGUAUUUCAUUCCAGCAAAAUAGAAGUGACUUGAUCUUGCAGCGCUGCACAAGUCUGGAUUUAGAGAGACAUUGUCUUGCAGUCUAGGUCAAAAUAACAACAAAUCUUACAAAACCUAUUAUUUGAAAUAAUUACUUAAAUGUCAAGUAAAGCACAGAGGCCAACAUUUCUUUGGAAUGCUUGGCAUCCAAGCGUUACAACUUGGUGAUAAUGCAAAAAAUGGUCAACAAGGAACAAAAACCAAACAUGAAUGAAACAGAAGGUGAAACUUGACUGAAGUGCAAGAACUAAAUUCAAAACAACAAAUUAAAAUAGAUUUGUAUGUAUGUAUGUAGUAUGUAAGGCACAGUUUUAAUUUGAAAUUUAACCUGACUCUGUUCCUUUUGCUAAAGUUUGUAUAAAUCUGGCUACUUGACUUGGCAGUUUGCUUAAAAUUGUUCUUUCCUCUUUUGGAAACUCUGCUCUCGACUGUCUUAUCGCCACCGUGCCGAGUCAGCAAAGCCACUUUGAGUUCUCUGCUCCUGUUAGGUUCCCACACUUGCAGCGAGAUAAAUAUACAGGAUUUAGUAUUGAUGGAAAUAAUAUUAGAACGAGGAAAAAACAGUAAAGAAAAACGUCUUUACUUGUUUUCUUCCCAUUGCGUGUCAUUGCUGCGCGAUUGGGCGCCGUUACAAAUUGAGUUUUGACUUGUGCCGUUGUUCUCUAGGCUGUGUAAACACAAUGUGCGCCUUCAUGUCCAUUAGUGAUUUGUGUAUGUUCUAGCUUAGUUUGCCUUUAAUAGUGCAGGAAACUCUGUGUAGCCCUUUUGAAAAUGAAGCCUUGCUAUUUCAUGAAAGUGUAUUUUUAAUUUUUUCCCCAGAGUUAUUUCUUCAGGGUUUGAUUGCAGAUUUAGAUUUGGAAUUCUUGAAAUCCCCAUUUGUUCCCAACACGUAAAAACUUUGAUUUUAUUAGAAGAUAUUCAUUGAAAGAGGUUUUAAAUGUAGCGUUGCCCUAUCCUGAAGUCUUUGUUUUCUAUUUUGUGACCAAACAACUGCUUUGUUCUUUUAAUCGGUUUUUAUAAACACUGUUGGAAAGGUAAUUUUUUUUGAAUAAUGUUGAAAAAACAGCACAUUUCAAAACGGGGGGAAGUGUUACAUGUUAGCAUUUUUUAAAGUGGUAUGCCAAGCCUUGCACUCCAGUUACAAAUCAAGAUUUAUUAAUUGAUUUUGAAGGAAACUUUCCCUAUAUUAUAGAUAUUUGUUAAACCAGGACUGAAGCGUAGGCCUGCGCCUGAAAUCAAACCCAAAAAAUGGUAUUAUGUGUGUUUCUCUAAUAUCGGGUUUUAAGGGGAGGAAAGUGAGAUCAGGUAGUAAAGCAGAAAGAUUUUUCUCAGCGCUUUUAAACAAAAUGAAGGAACUUCAUGUCAUUGGGACCAUUCUUUGGAUACUAUACCACAUAAGGAAGGCUUUCUAAGAAUACUUUUAAAUAAGUUAUUAUAAAACCAUACCUUCACAUUCCAUUGCUUUUAUAAUUUGUUAAUUUUUUUAGUUGUUCCGCCGCUUUUUUUCCCUCUUCACAUCUAGGUGUACCAGCUCUGGCACCCAGCAACAGAUUUGCCCCAGGUCCCAAGAGACAGGAAAAUGGAAAACCACCUAUUUUGUAUCUGUCUGUGGGUAAAUAAAAGACUUUGGCGUUCAAAGCAGUCCCUCUCGGCGCUCUUUUCCUAACGUUACAUUGACACCAGCAGACCUUAGCGAGCGGCUCUUUGACUUUCUGCUUCUUGCUGCCUCUUCUCUGCCCUUCGCUUCUCGACUCUUUGGGCCAGCGAAGGCUUUUGGCACCGGGGCUGCAAACUAGGAGUUUGCUUUUGAGUUGCUGGGAAUUCGUUCCUGCUCAUCGCAUCCUUUGCAGACCGAUCUUUAAAAGAAACGCGGAUCAUGUUCUCCCUUAAUAUAUAUACUGACCAUGCGCUCGGCUCCGCCACUCAGGUGGUAAUCUGGUAGGAUUUUAGUUUCUGAAUCAGGAAAAGUGGGGUUUAGGUGUCUUUUAAUGAAGGCUUCUGUACCUUACUCUGCAGCACUGGGAAAUUAGGCUGAAGUUUUGUUUAAAAAAAAAAAAGAAGACAAAAGUUGUUUCCAUAUUUUCCUUCCCCCACUGUUCAAAUACUCUUGAAGAAUUAAGCUUCCUCAUUAUACUUCUUAGCAUUCAGCAACUUAAAAGAUUUUCUGUUAGAAAUACAUCUAAAUAACAUCUAAGUAUGGCAUAUUACGUGACGUGAAAUUAUGUUCUUAGUAUCUUGCCCAUCAAAGCAGAAAGAUGCCUUGUUCUUUUUUAUUCCAGCAAACUCUUGAAAGCUGGUACAUACAAGAUACAGCCCAAUUCAGAACGUGUUGGUCUUUUAUCACAUGAGCAAGCAUGGAAACAAUUUUCAGUUGAAUAUGUUAGAUGUAUUUUCGUACAAUCUAGGAAGAAUAAUCAAAUUAAAUGUCUGUUUUGUUCAAUAGCUUUGUGUUCAUGGUCAGUGUUUAGUUUUGUUCUGGUUUGGAUUUUUUAUUUUAUUUUAUUUUAAUUACUUGGAAAAGCAGAAUAUCUUGAAAGAUGUAUGAAUGGGAUUUUUCCACAUCGAGUCACAUUAUUCCUUGUCUGACUGCUUGAGAAACUUCAGUGUCUUAUUAAAUAUUAAAAUCUAUUCCUAGUUAUUUAAGAA